AUGAAUAAUAAUGAUUUAGACAGUGAUUUAUCAAACUAUAAUAAUGAACAAAAUACAUCAGCUUCACAAGCGGAUAACAGAAAUAUAUCUGAAGAUUUAUCAGACUUAAAUAUACAAUCUACAUCAACUUCCGAAGCGAAUGAAGAAUUCAAUAUUGAAGAAGCAAUAGAAGAUUUACAAAUAAUAAUGUAUGAAUUAACGAUAGUAUUAGAAAUUAUAGCUGGUAUAAAUACUAUUGAAAAAUUUAAUGAUGUUCUUAAAUAUACCUUUUCCUAUUCAAUUAUCAAUACGCUCAUAACAGAAUAA